AUGCGCAUCAUAUCUGUUCUCGGCGGUCCCGGUUCCGGCAAGGGUACUCAGUGUGGCUUACUUCGAACCACAUUCAUGUGUGCGCAUUUGAGCGUAGGAGACGUUCUGCGGGCAGAAGCCGCUAAACCCGACAGUCCGUACACGAGCAUAAUCGAGGACAACAUUCGCAAUGGCCGCGUCGGACCGAAAGAGAUCACAGUUGGAGUGCUGCAGAGCCAUAUCAAGGAAGCUCUGGAUAAUGGGAUCCAGACGUUCUUCUUGGAUGGAUUCCCACGGAAACUGGACCAAGCAGAGUACUUCGAAGAAAUCGUUGGGCCCAUCGAUCUUGUUAUAGUCUUUGACUGUCCUGAGGUCAUGUUAACACAACGCCUCUUGCAACGCAGCCGAGCCGAUGAUGACACCGAUAACAUCAAACGACGUAUCGAGACGUUCAAGGCUACCACAUCGCAUGUCGUCAAGAAAUAUAGUGAUAUGGGCAAAGUGGUAGAGCUGAAAACGGAUACAGAAGUGGAAGAUAUCUUUAUAAGGCUUCAACAGUUGUUGAAAGAACAUGACAUGGAGCUUGAGCCUAGGAACUAG